UGUCCCCUAUUUUUUUUGUCGACACAGACAAAUCCGAUCCUCCCCUUUAACACAGCGCACUCGUGCGGAUGUGUGUAGUAUCGCUGCAAAUCCUCUGUCUCACCGUCAGCGUCUGUAGACUGACCUGCUUUCCUCGAAAACAGGUCAUAUUUAGUGCAUUAUAAUGUCUAAUUUUUAGACCCAGAGUUACGGGAAAUCGGAACGUCGGAUGGUAACCAAAAAUACUAAGCUGAAACCAAGAAGCGUCAAUGCAGAGAAAGAGGAUCCAUGGCAAAGUGGUUGAAGGACUACCUGAACUUUGGCAGCAGGCGUGACCCUCCGCAGCCCCCGAGGCCAGACUACACAGAGAGUGAGAUCUUGAGGGCUUAUAGAGCUCAAAAAGAGCUAGAUUUUGAGGACCCCUACCAGCAUUCUGAGAAAGUGCUACAGAAUGGAGGUUUCAGCUCCUGCAACACCCCAAUGAGCCUUCCCCCUUUAACUGCAUUCGGAUCAGUGCUGUCAAAUGGUGUGGAGGUCAAAGUGGUAUCCCCCAAACACAGACUUAUUAAAGUAGACUCUCAAGAGUUUGGUCGCUGUAAAAUCCCCCUGAGUCCAGUAACUGUUCAAGAAGAACCAGUGGUUCCCUCGGCCCCAGCAGUAUCAGACGCCGACACAGAUUACUCUGACCCAUUUGACGCUCAUCCAAACUCCAGAGUCAGACAAAACUGGGUGUCCAAACCUGCCCCAGCAGACUCCUGUAGUUAUAUGGAACCAUUUGAGGCUCAAAGGAUCAUAUCAGAACUGCAGCACAGCAUGAUGAAUAACAGGUCUGUGAGUGGGGAUGCUGGUCAGUUAUAUGACAACCCAUAUGAGGAAAAGACUCACCAUCACCGUGCUGCUCUGUCACCACAACACCAAGGCCAGAAGGUGGAAGGUGGAUUUGGCCUGAUUGACACCAGAGAGAGCAAACUCCCUCAGGAUGACGAGAGGCCAGCCGAUGAAUAUGACCAGCCCUGGGAGUGGAAAAAGGACAACAUCUCUAAAGCGCUAGCAGUUCAGUUUGAAGGUGCAGAAAGGGAACGCUCACGAGCUCAUCCAGACCAAACUAGGCUCACCAAGUCAGGUGCCACACCCACCAAAGUGGACUCUACGAUCCGUUUGAUUGGUGACACUCCUCCUCUUCUGGGAGAAAGGGUGGAUCCGGCUUUGCCUCUUGAGAGACAAGUAUGGUACCAUGGAGCUCUGAGUCGCACAGAGGCAGAGAAUCUGUUGACCCUGUGCAAAGAGAGUUCCUACCUGGUGAGGAAGAGUCAGACCAGCCAGAACGACUACUCACUCUCACUCAGGAGCUGCAAAGGCUUCAUGCACAUGAAAUUCACUCUUUUUCCAGAUGGGCGUUUUGUGCUUGGGGAGAACAGCCCUCCAUUCUUCACCAUCCCAGAGGUCAUCCACUACUACACUACACACAAGCUGCCAAUCAGAGGGGCCGAACACAUGUCCCUGCUGUACCCCGUCAUAGUGCAGACUCUCUAACAGAAAUGAGACACACUUUCUCUGGGUGCUAAUGAACACUACAUGCAGCAUACACACCAUCUCAACCCUUCUGUCUUUUUUCAUACACGCCUUUUAAAUGCCAUUGUACCUCCAGCAUUCACAAGAGAAUCAGCUGUUUGGUGGCUUCUCCUGAUUUUCCUGGUAAUUACACUGAAACUCUGUCAUUUAUGCUGUAUUUCGCUCUCACAAACUUUUAGAAAGCAGCGGUUUCUGUUUUAUUGGUAACCUAGCUGAGGUUUGCAAAUGGAGUUUGUGCCAAUAACUCGUCAAUUAUUCUUUCCAAAAAUAUGUUUAAAAUAGAAAUCAAAUGCAAAGUGGAUAUUAAUAGGUAGAAAAUGCAGUAAAAUGUGUUGUAACUAAUAAAACAUAUCUAUUUAAAAUGUAAGUAACAACACCUGUCAGUCAACCAGUAUAAACACUAAAUAUUUGUGUGACUGUGAGUUGUGCAUCAGGUUGAAGAAUUAGACAGCUGUGCUAUAAUGACAGGAGAGGAGUAUCUGACUUGUUACCUUCACAUUACACAGUAUCACACAACUGCAGCACUAGUUUAAAAUGUAAGAAGUAUUAUACUGAAAGCUUGUGGCUUUGUGGUCCUGUUUAUUAAAGCAGCCUUUGUAGAAUAUUUCCUGUGCUGUUUUAUAAGAUUUAAGAUGUCCAGUAUAAAUAAAUCUGUCUGUUUUUAAA